GUUCUACGUGGCUUGACAUGGAUUCAAUGGGCUCAGUUCUUUGUUGGGUGGUUGGCGUGGACAUGCGAUGCCAUCGACUUUUUCUCCGUGUCUCUCAGCAUUGACCGACUCGAACGUCAGUUUAACAGGUCUGCUCGUGACAUUACGACUUCAAUCACCCUCACGCUCUUAUUCCGAUCAGUAGGCGCCAUUGUGUUUGGUAUUUUUUCAGAUCGCUACGGAAGAAAAUGGCCUCUAGUUUGCAACCUCCUUCUCAUUUCUUCCCUCGAACUCUGUGUGGGAUUCGUCCAAACAUUCAAGCAAUUUCUCGCCCUUCGGUCCCUCUUCGGUGUCGGAAUGGGCGGAAUUUGGGGACUAGCAGCAUCCACAGCACUCGAAAACCUCCCCAUUGAAGCUCGUGGCGUGGCUAGCGGUGUUUUACAACAAGGCUACGCGUGCGGGUAUCUCAUCGCAGCGUUGGUCAGUCUAUUCAUCGUGCCGCACGCAACCCAGGGCUGGAGGGUCAUGUUCUGGACGGCUUGUGGUAUAUCCUUUACAACAGCAUGCCUUCGCGCUCUCCUUCCCGAGAGUGAGUAUGUCUUACGCGCAAGGGAGGUAGAGCGUUACGGGGGAACCGAUACGUCGAAGAAGACAAAGGCAUUCAUCAAAGAUGUUAAGGAAAUGCUCAAACAACACUGGGCGUUAUGUAUUUAUGCCGUUUUGCUUAUGGCGGGAUUCAACUUCCUCUCUCAUGGUUCUCAGGAUUUGUACCCGACAUAUCUCGAGACAACGAAAGGCUUCACCCCGCAUGAUGCAAUAAUUGCUACCAUAUUCGGAAACUUGGUCAGUUCGCCAGGCGGUAUAACCGCAGGAAUAAUCAGCCAGCGAAUCGGUCGUCGCUUGACGAUGAUUUUGAUGGUCUUGCUCGCCGGAGUAUUCAUCCCUCUCUGGAUUCUGCCAAAUACUUUCGUCAUGCUUUCAGCAGGCGCUUUCUGCCUUCAAUUUGGUGUCCAGGGCGCGUGGGGUGUGAUUCCGAUUCAGCUUGCAGAGAUGUCACCGCCCGCUUUCCGUGCUACCUUCCCUGGUGUCGCAUAUCAGCUUGGAAAUGUGAGCUCUACAAAUCUCAACGACGGCAAAAAGAUAAUCGUUCCGGAUUACGCAAAGGUCCAAGGAAUAUUUAUUGGUGCAGUUGCCGCAUUCGUCGUCUUCAUCACUAUCAUCGGACCCGAGUACGAU